AGCAAGCGCGCACACGCGCGCACACUGCUUCUCCCACGGACUCUGUCUGAACAGACUCCAUCCUCCUCAGUCUACUGAGCUAAGCUGCACUGAACAGAAGCGCCUGUCAUCUGUCUCCUUUCUCCACUUUUUACAGCAAAUCAUCGUGGAGCCAUGCUGAGAUCCUUUGGUUCCUAUUUGGACUGGAACAGACGGAUGUCAUCAAGGUUUAGGGUUAGCUCUGCAGGACAACGGCACCUGGAGUUGAAGGAACUGGCCCAGGCAGUGAUAAGGCCACUAAAGAGUGGGCUCCAUUCCUUCAACAAUGUCUUAGAGAUGCUCCUCCAUAUCAAUGCAGACAUUGUCCUUCCUGAUAGCCAGACUUUUCAUGACAUUAGACAAGAGAUUGAGAACAUGAAGCAGCAGAUGGAAGAGUCGGAGCAGGUAGCCAGAAAAGAGCUUCAACAGCUCGAUGGGGAGACUGAACAUCUCACUGCAGAACAGAGUCGUUUAGCAAAUCAGAAAAGCCAGAAAGAGCUUAAGGUUGAAGGCUUAAAAAUACAGCUGGAGUCACACAGAUCCUCUCUGGAGAGUUACAAAGAAGCUCUGGAGAAACAGAGGGAUAACCUGAAGUCAGCAGAAAACACCCGAGAUAGAAUGAGAGAUAGGAGAGAUGGGGGCGAGAACGUAAGAAAUGCUGGGAUUGGUGUCAUGUUUAUCCCAAUUGUGGGGUGGAUUGCUGGAGCAAUUAUGAUUGCGGCUGGUGAAACCGAGAGGAACAAUGCCUCUGAGGCUGUGGAUAGCGCUAAUAGGGAGAUAAAGAACUGUGAAUCUCAGGUGACAUCAUACUCCCAAAAAGUGUCUGAGUACAAUUCCUUGAUUUGUCAAGCUCAGCGUGAAAUCCAAGAGGCUGACAACAAGAUUCGUGAGGUGGAGGCCACACUGCGGAGCAUGUCUGUGAAGCGGGAGGCUGUUUCUAAUGUUCAACAAAAAAUGAGAUGUGCUGUCCAUCAGCUGGGGAAGCUGUGUGGGGUGGGGAACGUGGCAGAGCUGCAGACCCAACGCCUAAUCCUGUUGGAGCCUGUGGUGAAGGUAAUGGAGGAAAUGACCACAGCACUGGGUCAGAUCGAUGGAAAUGAGCUGCUGCACACUGAGGGCAUAAACAGCUUGAUGUGCGACAUUAAAGAAAAACAGAACAAACUAAACCAACUUGUUGACACCAAUAAGAGUAUUGGUGAGGAUUCUUACUGAUUUGCAAUUCUCUCAGUCAUAUCUGCAUGUUAGUAAGUUGUCUAUUUUUGUUGUUAAGCUUCCUAAGCUCUAUUUACUCAUACGAGUCUCCCUUCAUUGAAAGUAGCAGGACAGAAUGAACAGAAAUACUAGUUAUACUGAUGUGAUGAAAUGAGACUAGAAGUUGAAGCUUUUCUUGAUCAGGUAUUUAAAUGCCGGUAAAUUGUGUAAUGUGGUUUCUUUACGUGCUCUGGGCCUAAAGAAGAGUGACAUGAACAGUCUAUUUUACACUUUACUGCUUAACGUCUAAAGUCAUAUCUUCAUGUCUAAUACUAUGUUGUGCAUUGGUAGGAGCAGAUUUGGAAAUUGGCAAGUUAUCAAUAAUUAUCAAACACAAUUAUUAAGAGUAAUAAAAUUAUUAUUAACCACCCUGUAAACAGACUAUUUAAGAAUGAUGUGAAAUCAGUCUGAAAAUGGGUGUUCACUUAAAAUAUCAAUAUUUAUGAUAUUGAUAUCAUCAGUUGAACAGUGAUGACCCUCGCAACCAGCAGUUAUUACAACAGAAUAUCCACAAUAUAUCACAGACAACUUAUCUUUAAAUAUAAUAGUUUAAUAAACUUCAGCAUUAUUAAUUCACAAUCCAAAGUACUUACAUGAAAUAUACAUCUAUCAUUAAUCUUUACUUAUCUAAACUGAUAACAAGAUAAGCUACAAAAAUGAACUGUGCACAAGCAUAAACUGACCCCUAGGUGAUGUUUAGCCUGGCAUAGUCAAACUAAUACUCAAAUGUGUAUUAGUCUGGGACCGCUCGCUUUAUUUUCUAUUUCCAAGAGGCAUUACCAACGGACGCAGAGCAAAAUGCCUCCGGCCGUAAUUGGAUAGCAGCGAAUCAUGUGCAAUCUGUCGAGCGACGCCAAAAUGUCAACAGACUAGACCAGAGAGGAGAUGUCAACCUAGCAGGGCUUUACAGACGUUACAAACAAUAUUUACAGUAUAUAACAGAAAUAUCUGCGAAAUACAUCACAACAUACAAUACUCACUCUCUUCACAAACGCAUUCCCCCGGAAUAAUGAGAGCUACGGCCGCCUUGUAACAUGUAUAAACAUACCCGUAAAAUGUAAACAAAGGUCAAGACCCAAAGCUGUGCUACACGGGCUGCAAAAAAGGUGCCUGAGUAAAUAAUGACAACGUAACUCAAAAAACUGCAGUCAUUUUUAUGAUUAAAAUGUGUGUGUUCUUUUGUAACUGGAAUAAAUACAUAAUAUGAAAAA